ACUUAGGGUGUUGUCAUUCGCGCGAGACACACAAGAGAUUUAAAUUUUGUUUGUAUUUAUUAUUUUUCUGUUAGGCAUGGGCUCUGAACAAAGAAUGUUCACUAAUCCUGAAACCCCAGGAUAUGUUGGAUUUGCUAAUCUGCCAAAUCAAGUACAUAGAAAAUCUGUUAAAAAGGGAUUUGAGUUCACUCUUAUGGUUGUUGGUGAAUCUGGAUUGGGAAAAUCAACAUUGAUAAAUAGUCUUUUUCUGACAGAUUUAUAUCCCGAACGACAUAUUCCUGAUGCUCCUGAGAAAAUUAAACAAACUGUUAAGUUAGAAGCAUCUACUGUAGAAAUUGAAGAAAGAGGUGUAAAACUGCGUUUAACUGUGGUUGACACUCCUGGAUAUGGUGAUGCCAUUGAUAAUACAGACAGCUUCAAGUCAAUUAUUCAAUAUAUUGAUGACCAAUUUGAAAGAUUUUUGAGAGAUGAGAGUGGCCUAAAUCGUCGUAACAUCAAUGACAGCCGUGUCCAUUGCUGUUUUUAUUUCAUAUCUCCUUUAGGUCACGGGCUGAAACCUUUAGAUAUUGAGUUCAUGCGACAGCUACAUGGAAAAGUCAACAUUGUGCCUGUAAUUGCAAAAGCAGAUGCAUUGACAAAGAAAGAAAUGAUGCAAUUGAAAAAACGUAUUAUGCAGGAAAUCGAUGAGAAUGGAAUACGCAUAUAUCCACUUCCAGAUUGUGAUUCUGACGAAGAUGAAGAAUAUAAAGAACAAGUAAAACAAUUAAAAGAGGCAGUACCGUUUGCAGUAUCCGCUGCCAUUCCAACUAUUGAAGUAAAGGGACGUAAAGUUCGAGGACGCUUGUAUCCAUGGGGUGUGGUAGAAAUUGAAAAUCCUGACCAUUGUGAUUUUAUAAAACUAAGGACGAUGCUUGUAACUCAUAUGCAAGAUUUGCAAGAAGUUACUCAAGAUCUUCAUUACGAAAAUUACAGAUCUGAAAGGCUAGCAGGAAAAAGCACUGCUCGAAAACCAGCUGUUUCUCCUGAACUUUCUGAGAAAGAUCGCAUAUUACAAGAAAAAGAAGCAGAACUUCAGCGCAUGCAAGAGAUGCUCCAGCAAAUGAAGCAAAAAAUCAAGGAAGAGGAGCAGCGAAAUGCCACUCCAUCGCCUACGAAUCAUUCGCCUGAAAUUUCUCAUAAAUAGUUCUUCAAGCAUGUGCUUUUGUUAUUUGCCUUUAUUUUCAUGUGUUCUGAAAGACUUUGUUGCCAUGUGUUCAUUUAUAUGAUGCUCUUUUUUGCCUAUUUUUUUCCACCAUUGCUUUUGAGUAUAAAUCAUUUUUUCAGCUUUUAUUGUUGGUGUAUAAGAUAUGAAUUCUCAUUUUAGUACUUCCAUGUUAGCUGUUCUUUUUAAAAUAAUUUGUAUUACAUAGAAUGAAAAGAUUAUUGAGACUUUAUUCUUUUAAAAACGCUUUUUCCUUCUUAAUAUUCUUGUGCAAUAUGCUUAUUUUAACAUUUCCUAAUAUGUUCAGAAAUCAAAAAUUUGUUUUGUGUUUUAAUACUUCUGAAUUCUAAUUCACUUUUUUUCAUGUGUAUUUUUUAGUGAAUAUACCAUUACUAAUAAUUUAUUAUACUUUUUUUUUAAGUACAAAAAUGUGAAAAAUAAUCAAUAUAAUAUGUGCAUGGUAGAACUGAACAAUAAAAGGAUUUACAUAUAUUUAUCAAUUAGUCAUGCACAACAUAAACAUGUUACUUACUAUUUGUUCAUGUAAAUGAGCUUGAAUUAUAUCAUGUUUUGUUCUUCAGAUGAAAUAUUCUUAAAAAAAGUUUUUACCUUAGGAUAUAUUUAUAUGUAGCCAUGAAUCUAAUAAAAUUAAUAUUUUGAUAAAAUAAUUUAGGUAGUGUAUAUUAAAGAGUGUAGAGUUAAUAAAGUUGAAAUACAGUAGAACUUCUCUAAUCCAAAAUUCUGGUUAAUCCAGACUUUUUCAUUAAAAAGUUUACCUGAAAUGAUUUAAUUUUAUUAAAAAAGGAAACAUGUUUUCAGCAUUCUUAAUUUUGUACACAGUGAUGAAAUUAAUUGAACAAUUCAAUGAUCACAUUUACAUUUAUUAGAACAUUAAAAAUAUAUAGAUUUUAUGGUAAUGAUCUUUUAGGGUGGAGAUGGUUGUCAAGUUUAUCUAAUGAAGUAUUAUUGCUCUUGACAAGGGGAGACAUAUUCUGGUUCUAUUGGUUUGAAUCAACAGAUUCAAAAGAUUAUAGUACUGAGCAGGGGUGGCAUUUCAGCAUUUCAUUUGGGGGGUCGAGUUUCUUAAAUAUGUAUCACCACAGUGCUUUGCCGAACACACGUUAGCUAACAGGAAGUGGUCAUAAAAUUGGUUUAAUAUAAAUAAAAAUUAGUGCUUAGAGACAAUUAAAAUUUUGAUUCAUUUCUUAAAGUUAUCAUACAAAACAUCUCGAUACUAAAGUUUUUAUACCUUUUGGAAAAGUUUUAAUGCAUGAUUUUUGGAAUUCGGAAGAGCAGGGAAUCGUGUUACUAAUCUAUCAGUGCCCAGUGUCUUAUAGUUUUGCCAGUACAGCUAAAUAGAAAUGAUAGUGAAAAUGGUCAUGCCCUUUAGCAUGUAUGACUUCUUUUGAAUUUUUUGCCCAUUGUGCUUUGAAAAUAAUUCUCUAACCUCCUGAGACAUAAAAAAAAAUAUUUCUCUACUAGCUGAGCUGAUUGGAAUAGUUAAAAAAUAAUUGAAGUAACACAGUUAUGUAUGAAAACAAUUUUUAUAUCUUGCUAUUCAAAAUCACUCGGGCAACUUCAAAAAUUGUGAGGUGCUUAAUUUUUCAUCAUUAAAUAAUCUAGUCUCGUUGGCACUCUCACCUUCAAUGAGAUGUCUUCUUCCUCCAGCUCUGUUAUUCACUGACUGAUGAGUUCAUAACAAGGACGAAACUGCAGUCUGUGGAUGUGAGAAUCGGUCUUGUCAGUAUAUUACUUGUAAUUUUUCUUGCCUCAUGCUAAAAAUUUUACUCAUUAUUGAAACAUUUUAUUUUUUCGUUUAAAAUCUAAUCCAAGUAAUAUAGAGCCAACCAUACAGAAAAAUAAUUAUCAUCAAAUCUUGUUUUAAUAUCAUUUGAAACUGAAUCUAUUACUUCAUACAAAAUAUUAAAAAAUCAAUGUUUGACUUCACAUCAUCAUGCAGAUUUUGUCACUUUUUUUUUCCUUUAUUGCUCCUUUUUAAAAUUGACUCUGAGGAAGAAUUUUUUUUUAAGUUUCACGCUUGAUUGAAAUAUACAUCUAUGUAAAAUCUAUUUUCAGUUUCAAUUGUAGAUUAAACUAUGGUAGUAUGGUGCACAAUUCAAUUGUAGAUUGAACUGUGGCAUGAAUAGUCCGAAAAUUAAGGGUAGCAGAUUGAAGAUGUUUUGAUACAGUAAAACAUUUUUCAAAAACUUUCCUCAAUACAAAUUAAAUAAAAAUUCAAACGAAGUCAUACAUGCUAAAGGGCAUGAGCUUUUUCACCAUUGAAUGAAUCGUUUUACAAUAAUUCUUCCAGUCAUCAAAUCACUGCUUUGAAGUUAUCAAGAAAUGUUUUUAUGGUUUUAACUCUUGAAGACCAUCUUGUGUCACUCCGAGAUUUCAUUAUUAUAGAGCCUCAUAAAAGUUAUUUGUUGAUAUGCUUUUUUAUUAUUCAACAAUCACAUGCAUUUUUAAGAAGUUUCUAUGAAAGCAUAUAAUGCAUUGAGCAGAACGUUUUUCUAGCGGAAGAAAGCAAUGAACACUCAUUAAAUAUACAACUUAAAAAUGAGCGUGAAAGUGAAUGUAAAAUACCAAGGAAUUUUCUCUUGAAAACCUUGCAGCCACACCACUUUGCACAGGCCUCUCAUAUUCGACAUACCAUUGUUACGCUGGGCACACAAGUAUGAAAUAUUUAGCUCCUGUAUGAGGAAAUAUCUUCUUUAGUUGAAAUUAACCAUGGUUCUCUAGCCGCUUUCUAUGUUCUGAAAAGGCCGGAAAAUACUUCAUGAUUUUCUAAGUCAUCAUGCAAAUAACAAAAAUCCCUUUUUCUAAUCUGGGGAAGUAUCGAGUUUCAUCAAAUAAUUACUGAGAACCAGGGAAAGUUUUUUAAUGAACACUGAUUUCCAACUUACAUAAAUUGAAUUCACCCAUUUUCUAUCAUUCUAUUAAAAAAAUUUGGGGAUGCAACCGAAACCUCUUGACCCCCCCCCCCCACCCUGUUUGCCGCCCCUGGUAAGGAGUGCUUGUAACUUACAUUCUGUUUUAGCAGACAUUUUUCUUUUCUAUAUUUAUCGGAAUUUCAGGCAAUCCAAGUUUUUGUAGUCAGAACAGGCAUUUUGAACCAACCCUAUUAGUUAGGAUUAGCGGGAUUCUACUGUAAUUUAAACUUGUGUGUUAUUAAAUAUAAAAAUAGCUUGUACCUUCCAUUGCAAAUAUACUAGUAAGCAAACAGUUUACUAAUAUACUGCAAGUAUAAUAGCAAAUAUUUUCAGUAAAUGUAAAUGUACUUACAAAUACUUGACUAUCGAUGUGAUGUUAAAUAUUUAAGUUACUGAUAUUCUUUCAAAUAAUCAUCUAAUGUUCCUCAUUGUGAAGUGCCUUUUAUGAACGUAACAUUGUUCUUGACCAAAGUUUUAUGUAUUUUUGCAACAAUAAAUCAAACAAGUUUUAAUUACUA